CCUCCCAGGGGUCCUCUUUCAAGUCUCAAAAGUCUUUUUUUUUUCUGGUGGAAAUCAGCUGUUUUCAUGAGAAGUUGCAACACUGCAGGACAAUCCCCGGUGGACUGUUAUGCACCUGCAGCAACACCUGAGCACUGAAUUUGAUGCUUUUCAAAGUUAGAGAGAUAACACCUUGUUUUGGAAGAUUUCUCCUUUACAAGAACUUUUUGGAGGACAUACAAUUUUCAAAAUGAAAGUGCUUUGAUAGAAGUGCAUUUCUUUUGACAUCUGAGGAAUUCUUUGAUCUCAUCAUUUAACAAUGAGGCAGACUGGAAUCCAGAAUUUCACUCUGAAAUCUUUAUUAUGAAUCAUGGAGGAGAACGGUUCAUUUGUUACUGAGUACAAUGAAAGCACCGCUGCUUGGACACCAGUACCUUCUGCUCCCAGCAAACAGCUGGGAAAUUUUCCCAACCCACAAACACGUCUCAAGGACCUCAUGGGAUUAUUUUUCAUGGUGACCCUGAAUGUUCUGGCACUUCUGGCCAACACUGCUGUGCUUGUGGUUGUCAUCAAAGCCUCUCAUCUCAGGAAAUUUGUAUUUGUAUGCCAUCUUUGUACGGUGGACCUCCUGUGUGCCAUUUUGCUCAUGCCUCUUGGCAUUGUGUCCAGCUCCCCCUACUUUUCUGUGGUGUUCACUGUGCUGGAGUGCCAGGUCUAUGUCUUCCUCAAUGUAAUCCUCAUAGCAGCCUCUAUCUUCACCAUCACAGCUAUUAGUGUGGAGCGUUAUUACUACAUUGUCCAUCCCAUGCGAUACGAGGUGAAGAUGACAUUGAAGCUGACUGCAGCCGUGAUGGUGACAGUGUGGGUGGCUUCUGCAGGGCUGGGGUUGUCCACUGUGUUCGGAUGGCCGUCUUAUGGUAGCCUGAGCUCCAUCAGUGCUGCACACUGCUCAUUGUAUUGGAGCCACAGUGACCACAGGCGGAUUUUCUCUGUGCUCUUCAGUGUCACCUGUUUCUGUCUGCCAGCAGUGGUGAUUUUUGCUGUCUACUGUAAUGUCUACAAGGUGGCCCGUGUGGCUGCCCGGCAGCAUGGACCUCUGCCUUCCUGGACAAACAGUCAACUGAAGCAUCGCUCUGACUCAAUAAACAGUCAGACUACCAUCAUCACAACUCGCAGUGUCCCUCGCGGGAUUUCCCGAGACCGGCCUUUUGGUGGUGGUAAGGCUGCUCUCACUCUCGUGGUCAUUGUUGGCCAGUUUCUAAUCUGCUGGCUGCCUUAUUUUGCCUUCCGGUUCCAUUUGAUAUUCGAUGCAACACCCCAGAUCCCUAAUGACCUGGAGGAAACAGUCACCUGGCUGGCAUAUUCCUCAUUUGCAAUUAACCCUUUUUUCUAUGGGCUUCUAAACCGGCAAAUCAGGGAAGAGCUUUGUAAACUAAGGCGCUGCUACUCAGCUCGACCAAUGGAAUUGCCGGCAUCCAGCCAGGAGGGCUCAGGCCACGAGAACUUUUUGCAGUUCCUCAACAGGACCAGCUGCAGUUUAGAGACACGUCCAAGUUUUGCCACUCUGGAUCAUACUGGGCAGACUGGUUUCAGGAUACCAGGACAGAUUCCAGAGGAGUUCAUUUAGAGUACCUAGACUGUACCUCAAGUGUUGUGCCACAGAUAAUUGAUUGAAUGGGGGAUAAAGUUAUUUAAAGACUGUGUGUAAUAUGACAUAAACAAAUUUUGCACGCAGCGAUAACAACUGAGAUAGCGCAUACAGAGAGAAAAAAAAGCCUGUUAUUGUCUUUGAACCUUCUCUAUAAAGACUCUCAGAAAAAUACUGAAUGGACUUAGUUUCUUAAAAAGGUUGUUACUAUGGUAAAGCAAACCUUAGGGAACACUAAUUUUCCUAGCUAGUCUAAUGUAAAGUUAUUCUUCAUCUGCAAUCAAUACUUCUAUUUUAUCAAUACAAGUAAUUACACAAUCAAAUGUGGACAUGUUGUAUUUAUGUUGCAGGAAUUUAUGUAAAUGUUAUUUAUUGUACACAAACAGGAGAAAAUACUUUUUUGUUCAGGAAUGAGUUUUGUUAUUGCUUUAAAUGGGCAAAUAAA